AUGAAACUUGCCCUUCUCGACACGACACUGCUGGCCCUGCUGCUCACAUCAAUGUGCGUUGCAGCAGCUCUGCAUGACAACAACGAAGACGAUGGAGGCUACAGAAAGAUGCUCAUCAAGCGAUAUCUGAGUGACAGUUCGCCUGAAAAAUCGCCACCGAUGCCACCUCGUCAGGGCCUUGGAAGAGCACAUUCAGGUAACUUUGUGCAGCGCUCCAGAGAAGAAGUAGAGCGUCAGGAGGAUCAUCUUGAUGAUGAGAAGACGGACGAUGAGGAGACCGAAUCCGACCCUUGGAGUAACGAAGGCCAUGAAAGUGCUUGGCGAUACAAUGACGUCUCGAUGACAAUAAAGAGAGGGAAGAAUUCAGAAGUCGCAGAAGAAGAAAGCUCCGAGGAACAACACAAAAGGCGUCUCAAGAAACUCAAGGAUGUGUACGAGAGCACAUCCACGACACCGUAUUCUUCUUCUAGAGCGCCUUCUAUGACGCAUGCUACUCCUUCGCGUGCACGGGGGAAAUCAGACCACGCCCUCUUCAAACCUCGUCCUCCUCUGAGCCACAGCGACACGUCAGACAAGUUGCUCAACCCUUGGGGACAGCAGAUGAGGUCUUCGACGUCCGGAAACCCAUCUACCCUCUCUUUACGUCCCUUGAUGUCCAGCAUGGACGACCAGAUCCAGGGUGAUGCACGCAAGCAACAGCGGGGGCGACGAAGCAAGAGAAUUGGUGGAGAGGGGGGCGAGAUAAAGAGGGCUACAUUUCUAGACAUUCUGAAUGCGAAAGAACCCUUCUACCAGCGUCGAAAAGCUACGGCAGAGGAGAAACAUCUCGUUUCAUCUGCAAAGUCGGCGCAGGAACUUAUUGACCUGGCCACCAAGAUCGAAGGCACGUUCGUGCUUCCGAAGGCCCAAAAAGAGAUCCUCGAGAAGGCAGAAAGGCUCAAAGAAUACACAAAGGCAAGGGACUCACGGCUGAGCCGUUCCGAAAUUAUAACGGCCAAAAGAAGGGAGAAGAAAAGGAAACUCUUUGAGGAUCUAGAGCUCUCUAACGAACCUCGAUCCUAUCGAAAUCUUAAGCCGAAAAGGCACAGCGAUUUGUGUGUUAGACUUCAGUAUGUCGUCAACGACAUCGAAGCGAUCAACACUAGUAAGGUAGCCCUUGAACUGAAGGAGGGUGAGAAGCCGCGAUACCUCGAUUUCUGGACGCAAGAAGACCUGGACUGGUGGAAAGGAUAUGUCGAUUUCAGGAAAAGGGCAGCGGCCCCUCAUCGUCCCUCUGCUACCCUUGUUGAAAAGAUCGAUAAUUUCUUUUCCAACGGGAUGGGCAAGGGUUGGCAGCCCACAAAACCUCCGGCGGGGAGCAAGUCGAGAAAAAGAGGAAACUUCAGACCGCUCGAAGCCUAGGAAGAGGCUCUUCUCCGCAAGACAGCAUCAAUUGGCGCGAGUCCCAAAAGCGUCACACCAUCAGUACAAGCCUUGAUUACAUAAACUUUUCUCAUUGAAUGUCAAAUCCUCCAGGAGCUGCAAGGCACGCAACG